AUGUCAGCUAAUUCGCUGCUCACACGCUUCAAGUAUGCAAAGCUGCUAAAUCAAGACCAAGGAGGCCGCCGCAUAAUCCUCGAAGGCACAAUCUCAGGCAAGCCAGCACUCCUCCUAGCUGAACGAGGCGCAUUCGAUACGAAUCCAGUGUACCUCUCAGCCCUUGGACGUUUGAUGGUACAUGUGCAGAAUCUUGGAGACAACGAUAUAUACCGCUGGUACCUUGCGAACAGUCUUCCAGACAACAGCGCAGAUCUUCCUACGCCACCAGAUCUCAAGAUCAAUCUGAUUUAUCCUUGCACGGACAAGCAUAUCAAGAAAUACAGCUUCCAAAAAGCUAGAUUUGUGACCGAGACACCGGAGAUCUAUUCCAAAUAUGUGCGACCAUAUAUGCAGCGAGGACGAGAAGAAGGCAGGCUCAACUGGGUCUUCAACAUCAUCGACGGCAAGUCUGAGCAGGAGAAUGUGCUUUACAGAUCUGCAGAGGCAGACAGUAAGGAUGACUAUCUCCUUCUACCUGAUCUCAACUGGGAUCGCAAGACGAUGGGUGGACUGCAUCUCCUCGCUUUGGUUACACGACGAGACAUCUGGAGCGUGAGAGACCUCAAGAAGAAGGAUGCGACAUGGCUUCGCAAGCUCCGAUCUGUGAUCGCUCAGCAAGUCUCGGGCAUGUACGAAGGCGUGGAAACUGACAUGCUGAAAUUCUACAUACAUUAUCAGCCGACAUACUAUCAUUUCCACAUCCAUGUCGUUCAUGUCGACCUGGAUCCGACCGCCACGCAGGCUGUAGGUAAGGCGCUUGGACUCGACCACAUCUUCAGUCAGCUGGAAACGAUGGGGGGCGAUGACGAGGCAGGUAUGCACGAAGUCGAGUUGAGCUAUACUGUGGGCGAAGCUGGCGAGUUGUGGAGUGAUAUCUAUCUACCGCUCAAGGAAGGUCGGGAGCCGAAGAUAUGA